GUAGUAUUGUUUUCCUUCUAUUUGAACUUGCCUGAUCGAUUAGAAAGACUGGAUAAUCCCUCUGUUUGUCUAUAUUUUAUACCAAGAAAUCAACCUCCCUCUUUAUUAGAACUGGUUCCAAAUAGGAUUAAAAGCCACAAAAUGCUUGACAAGAGAGUACGUUCCACAAGAACCUCUUCGCCAAGGUAUACCUCCCUUUCUCGAUCCAAUUCACCACCAGAUAUGGAAAGAAAAAGAAAAUCUCAAAGGAUAAAUAAUGGAACCAAGUAAGUUGCAAUUAUUGUCGAAGGAAUUAUUUCUCAUUCUUUGGAUUUAUUGUAGAAAAGCAACGAAAAGGACACCAGCAAAACCAAAAACUGUAGCAACUAAAGAAAAUUUGGAUUCAAGGAAUCACGAUUUAUGCGAUGCAUGUAAUGGUCCCGGUCAAUUCCUAUGUUGUGAAGCUUGCCCCAAUGUCUUUCAUUUUGCCUGUGUGGAUCCCCCAAUGGAAGUUAGUGAAGUUGAAGAAUUGGAAGGUCCAUGGUUUUGUAAAAAAUGUGCAUGGCAGAAACAACAUUCAAAGACCAAAUCAUCCACUCGAGGACGACGGAAAAACAGGAAUCAGAUGACCUUUUUCGAAGUUAUGGCUCAAGAUCUGGAGACGCAAAAUCCUGUAGCCUUCUCUUUACCUGAAAAUAUACGGAAUUAUUUUGAUGGUGUAUCUACUGGACCUAACGGUGCUUAUAUUGAUGCUACUACUGUCAAGUCAGUUAAAUACAGGAACGGCCGACCAGAGGAACAAGACUAUCAUCGACUAAAAGACAAGAACAACAAUUAUAUUUAUUGUUAUUGGUGUCAGAAAACUGGUCUCAGAAAACCAAUAAUUCCAUGUGACUUUUGCUCCCUGUAUUGGCAUCUUGAUUGUCUCAAUCCGCCAUUGACGAUUCCACCCAAUAUUGCCAAAAAAUGGAAAUGCCCAUGCCAUCCGCAACAACAAAUACGAUAUCGCAUACCACGACAAGAACAAACAAUAACAACAAUGGAUAGCAGUUCAACUUCUACUGAUAGCUACAGCCACAUUCUAGAUAGUCCCAUCGUACAACACAAUCCUACAACAUGCGAAAAUACUCAACAAAAUGAAAAUGAAUCUGAAGUCAUCACCACUAACCCUCCGACGAAGACAUGGAACGUCGAAGAUACCAUAGAUACAAAACAAAUGGAUAACAAAGGGAAACAGCAAAAUGAUCAGACUAGACGUGAAGCACUCGAUGUCAUUAUUCACAACAAAAAGCUUCAUUUAUUACCGCAAACAUCCUUCAAGCUUGAUUUUAUGUCCACCGCCGAAAGGUUACUGAAGAAUAGAGAAAGAAGGGCAUUGAAGAACGCCAGGAUCCAGAAGAAGAAUGAAAAUAGUAAUAGUAAUAGUGGUACAAGUGGUAGCAGUAGUGGUGGUAGUAAUCAUAGUCAUAGUAGCAUCAAUCUUGUUGUAUAGUGAUUAUUGUCCUCCUUCCCAUUUUUUUUAUUCUAAUAUGUAUAUAAAACUGUUACCCUCCCAUUUUGAUAAUUAUCUAUGAUGCUUCUUGUGAUUUCUUUGACAAAAUUGUGAUGACAUGAUGAUACAGUAGCAGUCGAUGAUGAUGGUGGAUCGAUGGU